AACAUAUAUUCGAAGAUUCCAGUACAAGUUCACGUAAACUACCGGGUACCCGCCUAUCGGCUAUCACGUGACAAAAUACUUUACGGACGAUGGCUAGAAAUAAUCGAAAACGUCGAAUCACAAAAGCCGGACACCGACUCACCGUAAGGAACAGAACACUCCUGCUAUGUUUCCCAGGUCAAUGUUAAAGAGUAUAGGCGCACCGCUGGCGUCGUUCUCGAAUGUUUGGUGUUCCACCACGGCCAGGGCGCCCGCCGCCCUACGCCCUGCAGCCCUAGCGGAUGAGUGUCAUGAUGGGAACUUAUCGUCUGCUGUUACAAGACCUCGGCCGUUUGAAGACAUGCCCGGCCCCCGGGCUCUGCCCAUCAUUGGAACACAGUGGAUGCAUUAUCCAGGAGGACCUUUAUACGGUAUGACGCGACGAGACAAGUACGCGAGGCUUCAAGAGCUGUAUGGUGACGUCAUCAAAGAAAACAUCGUACCGGGCAUCCUGACUUUGGUGCACGUUUUUAAUCCAAGGGACAUUGAAACUAUUUUUAGACAUGAAGGCAAAUAUCCAAUCAGACAGGCGUUUUUCAUGCUGAAGAGAUACAAUGAGAAAUACAACAACAACGUCUCGGGUGUUCUUAGCAGCCAGGGUGUAGACUGGUACAACGUGCGAUCCCAAGUCCAGAAGAAGAUUACAAAUCCGAAAUUUGUGAACUCACAUACGAACUCCCAGCAAGUAGUAGCAGACGAUUUUGUCGAGUGGAUUCGCAAACGCAGAAAUCAAGAUGACGUCAUAGAGGACAUCCUGCCAUAUUUGUACAGAUAUUCAACAGAAGCUAUCGGUGUCGUCUGCUUCAACAGACGCGUGGGUGCGCUGGACGACGCGCUGGAUGUUGAAAGCGAGGCUCACGCGUUCAUCACGGCGGUUUCCGAGGUAACGACCGCCACCCACAGUGAACUGGACAGUUGGUUUCUCUUCCUGUAUUUUGACACCCCGCUGUUUUCCAGGUUUAAGAAGGCACACGACGUUAUUAGAAGGAUUUCCCUGAAGUACGCCCAGCGGUUGCUUGAAGAAACGACAGACAUGGCCACAGAGCAUGACAUGGAGAGGGGCAAACUGAUCCCUUAUCUGCUAAAAGAGACCUCGCUGUCGGAAGCACACGUUCUCACGAUCGUCAGCGAAUGUUUCUUCGCCGGCGUCGACACUACAUCUCAUUGUCUUGGCUUCACGUUGUACAACCUAUGCAAAAAUCCCGAGGCCAUGGAACGGCUUGUUACGGAAAUACACCAGUUCCUUCCAGACCACUCACCCGUGUCAUCGGAGACUCUCGGCAAAAUGACAUAUCUCCGAGCUGUUAUCAAAGAGAGUUUACGACUGAAUCCCGUGACGGCCGGUAAUGGUCGAACUAACAGCACUGAACUCGUCUUGUCUGGCUACACGGUGCCUGCUGGGAUGUAUCUGGGACUGCACACCGACCUGUCGGCCCAACAGGACGACUUCGUUGACGAUGCUCACUCUUUCCGCCCUGAACGCUGGCUGCGAGACGACGACCUCCACCUCAAACCGAGGCCCUUCACGUAUCUGCCGUUUGGCUUCGGCAAGAGAUCGUGUCCCGGCAAGCGACUCGCCGAACAAGAAGUAUCGCUGGCCUUGAUUAAGAUUCUACAAAACUUCGAGGUGCGGUAUCGCCACGACGUAGAUAUGGAGUACGACGUACACCUCUUGAACACCCCGCUCACCCCCCUGAAAUUCAGCUUCACCGAUCUUAAGUGACCUCAAGACCUACUUCCGGUGACCUCUGACUAACACAACAUUAUCUGUCGAUAUUUUGUGAACGCGAUGUCAUAACGUAUUAUUAGUUCGCUAAAAUGGUGAAUCACACAUCUGCCAUCUUCAGAUCACCGGCCAAAGUACCCAGUGAUUAAAGGAAAGGAAUGCAAGAUCCUGCUUCAUCACAAUCAUUAACAUAUAUUAUUAUUGGCCUAUUUUAUACUCAACAAUGUUAAUUAAGGGACAGCAGAUAUUUUCGGCAUCUUCCUUUAAAUACUGUAACCAAAAACCGAGAGACAUAAAUAAAGUAAAAAAAAAAAAAAUAACAAUACAAAUAAUAAAUAUAGUAACAAAGAAAAACCCUCGAGAAAAAUAUACAAAGUAAAAACAAAAAAGAAGAAAGGAAGGAAGAAAGAGGUGUAGCUUCUAUUGUUGUAAGGUGUCGAUGUUGUGUCCCGUUCUUAAUUAAACUUAAUCAUUUAAAGGGGCGGGACGUGGCCCAAUGGUAAAGCGUUCGCUUGAUGCGUGGUCGGUUUGCGAUCGAUUCCCAUCGGUAGGCCCAUUGGGCUACUUCUCGUUCCAGCCAGUGCACCACGACUGGUAUA